AUGUGGGUUCUGGAUAAGAUCCGCGGGUCGGUGGAGAGUGGCGUGCUGCGACAGGGGGAGAAUGGGGACAAGAAAGGUGGCACCCCGGCCUACAGCAACGUCCUCACUCCCGACAAGAUCCCAGAUUUUUUCAUUCCUCCGAAGUUGGUGAGCUGCCCCCCAGAGCCCGAAAUUCCCGCUGUAAAGCCCAAAGAAGGCCUGCACCUGUCCGCUUCUGAGCACACCAUCGGUAGUGGGAAGAUCAGCAGCCCAAGAAGCCCACGUCUGGUAACGAAGAUUGCAGGAGACACCAAGAACUUGCUGAGGGCAGCAAACCGCCACAUUAUACAGAUAGAGAGUGCUGAUGAUAUGGUGGCUGGAGAUACAAACGCAGACCCCCAAUCGCAGACAGCAAUGUCUCUACCUUAUGUCCCCAAGACUCAGACAUCUUACGGCUUUGCAACCUUGAAGGAAAGCCCCCACACGCGCCGUAAAGAGUCGCUGUUCCACUGCGAGCUCACCAGUCCCAUCACCUCCCCAAACACGCAGAGGAGGACUCCGGGCAGAAGCAGCGAUGCAGGAAACCAUCUGAAUCCAGCCGACUUUAACACCUCUCACAUGAAUCCUUAUCGAUACUUCAGCGGCGGAGAGAGUGACACCUGCUCCUCAGCCGAGUCCUCCCCCUUCAGCUCCCCUCUGCUCUCCCGCUCCGCGUCCCUGCUCAAGAUCUUCACUCAUGAGACGCAGGCCAAAGUUGUGAAAGCCAAGCGGACUUUCGCCCGCCAUAGCUCUCUCUCCACCGACGAGUGCAGCUCGGCCGAGCCCAGCCCCAACGUCCAGCGACGGCUCCACGUCCCCUCCUUUCACGGCGGCGCUGGGGCUUCAGACCACGGCCUCCACCAGGAGCACACCAUCAACCUACACAAGGGUGGGACGGUGAGGAUCAGCGUUAACUACGACUCCAGCACCUCCCGUCUUCUCAUCCGCGUCCUGGCGGCGGAGAGUCUUUACGACAAGCACUGUGACAUCAAAAGCAUCAACUGCUGCGUGUCUGUCUACCUAAACCCCGGCAAGCUGCAGAAGCAAAGGAGCAACAUCAUCAAGAACAGCCGCAACCCGGUCUUCAACGAGGACUUCUUCUUCGACUCCAUAAGCUCGACUCAGGUGAAGAGCCUCUCUGUGAAGUUCAAGGUGGUGAACAAAGGCACCAGCCUCAAGAGGGACACAUUGCUGGGAGAGCGAGAGGUGCCUCUGGCUAAGUUGCUCUCAGGGGUUUAA